UGUAUUUAAAGGUUUGAGGUUGAAUUUGCUUCUAGAAUGAAACCAGGAAGAGUUACCAUGUGCCAAAUGUUCGGACUGUUCCUGGUCGUCUCUUUAGUUUCCGUCAGUCCUGCUGGUUGCCAAAGCAACUUCACAUCUCCUCCAUCAGACGGCAGAAGCCCGGACAUCCCCGGUUCUAAACCGGUUCCACAUCUAUCUAAUGACCACCGUUUUCAAGGGUCCAAUGGGGAGAAGCAUCUAUCGCAAGAGACCGUGAACCAGAUCCAGGCCCCUCUGGAGUCCGAACAAGGGAAAAUGAAGCAGUUCAACAAGCUCAAACCGAAACACGGCCGAAAGCCUCCGACCUCAAACUCCUCUGUGGGUCCUCAUAGGAAGCCGCCUCCCACCUGUCUACAGACCACGUCCAUCAAGACGGCCUUCAAGUACAUCAACACCGUGUUGUCCUGCUUGAUCUUCACUGUGGGGAUCAUAGGCAACGCCACCCUGCUGAGGAUUAUUUACCAAAAUAAGAGCAUGAGGAAUGGACCCAACGCUCUUAUCGCCAGUCUUGCCCUGGGAGACCUGAUUUACAUCGCCAUUGACAUACCAAUCAACGUCUACAAGCUCCUGGCGAUGCAGUGGCCUUUUGCAGACUCCACGUUUGGUUUGUUCCUCUGCAAGCUCUUCCCCUUCCUGCAGAAGGCGUCGGUCGGCAUCACCGUCCUCAACCUGUGUGCGCUCAGUGUGGACAGGUACCGCGCUGUGGCGUCCUGGUCCCGGGUCCAGGGCACCGGCAUCCCCACGGUCACAGCCGUGGAGAUCGUGGUGAUCUGGCUGCUGUCCGUCCUGCUCGCCGUGCCGGAGGCCGUCGGCUUCAACAUCAUCACCUUCGACUACAAGAACGUCACCAUGAGGACCUGCAUGCUGCAGCCGGACACGCCCUUCAUGACCUUCUACCAAGACGCCAAGGACUGGUGGCUGUUCGGCUUCUACUUCUGCGUCCCUCUGGCGUGCUCCGCCAUCUUCUACGGCCUGAUGACCUGCGAGAUGCUCCGACACCAGAAGGGAAGUCUGAGGAUCUCGCUGAGCGAACACCUCAAGCAGCGUCGAGAGGUUGCCAAAGCCGUCUUCUGCCUGGUGCUGAUCUUCGCUCUCUGCUGGUUCCCUCUCCACCUGAGCCGUCUCCUCAAGUGGACCAUCUACAAACCGCACGACGUCCACCGCUGCGAGCUGCUCAACUUCCUGCUGGUGCUCGACUACUUCAGCAUCAACAUGGCGACCGUCAACUCCUGCAUCAAUCCCAUCAUCCUCUUCUUCGUCUCCAAGAAGUUCAAGAACUGCUUCAAGUCCUGUCUGUGUUGCUGGUGUUACUCUGGCUCUCUCUCCAACAGCAUGCUGCCCCUCCACCAUGGGACCAGUCAGCAGUACAAACACACUGACCACUGACCGGCCCGGCGCCACCUGCUGGCCGGGACCAGCAGUCUCCUCUGUGUGACAUCAGCUUUCUGUGUCGCUCUGCUGUCACUCUUGACUUCUAAACUGAUUUUACAGUUUGAUGACAGAUUAUUAUUCCACAAAUCCAGCAGCAGAGCUAGAGUUCAUGAUCAGACGCCUGAAGGAUUCAGAAUUACUACAGUUUUACGGUUUCUGCCUUUUCUCAACCUGUGAUUAAAGCAAUACCAUCAGAUUUCCCUAAAACCAGGUGUUCUGAUGGUGAUAUGUCUAUGAACUCAUUUUUAUUGUAUUUAUCACUGAUAUUGUAUCCAUGAAGAGAUUGUAAAACUUUUUAUUUGUGAGAAAUUGAUUCAAAAGCUGCAUAAAGGGUUUUAUGUCACAGUUUAGUCUGAUAUGUAACCAAACUCAAGAAGUUUAUUUUGAUAUUUAACACAUUUUGAUUAUAAAACUCGUUUAUUUAAAAUAUAUUUUUAUUGUAAUUUGUUACAUUCAAUUUGUCAAAAUACAUGUAAGGACAUAAAUCUCUUUUGUUGAAAUAUAUCUUAAGUGUAAUUUUGAUUAAACAUGUAACACACCUUUUCAAAA